AUGCCGGUGGCGGCGGCGGCGGCGGCGACGAUCCUGCAGCUGACGGCGUUAAUAGUCCCGCUGACCGUGCCAACCCUGCUCGUGAUCGACGGGCGAACUUUCGCCGAGUUCAACAGCUGCCACGUGGCGUCGGCGCUCAACGUGUGCUGCUCCAAGCUGGUGCAGCGGCGGCUGCAGCAGGACAAGGUGUCCGUGUUGGAGCUCGUGCAGCACGCGGCAACGAGCGGGUCUCAGGUGGAGGCCGGUGGGCGCGUCGUGGUGGUGGUGUACGACCAGCGCUCGCCGUCCGCUGCAUCGCUGCCGCCCCACGGCUUCGUGUCCGUGCUGCUGGGGAAGCUCCGUCGGACGUUCUCCGACGUCUACCUCCUCAAUGUCUGCAGUCGCUUCGCCCCAGGGGCCGAUGAUUGCUUUGUGUUCUCACAGUUUGGUGAUUUGCGGGUGGAUUUGCCUGCAUUUCAGCUGCUGUUCCCGCAGCUGUGUGAGAACGCUAGCCGCGUGGACACUCGCACGCCACCUCUUGCGCAGCCCGUGUCCAGCCCUUCGUUGCACCUUCGCGACACUGGUCCGACCUGCAUCUUGCCCUACCUCUACCUCGGCUCUCAGCGUGACGUCCUCAACAAGGAGGUGAUGCUGCAGAGCGGCAUUACACACGUGCUGAACGCGAGCGUCGGCUGCCCGCGACCGGACUUCAUCCCCGAGGGGAACUUCCUGCGCGUGCCGGUGCACGACAGCUACUGCGAGAAGAUCCUGCCCUGGCUCGAUUGCACGGCAAACUUCAUCGCAGCAGCAGCAUCAGCAGAAGUCGAACCAAGAACCGCGGUCAGCAGCGUCGACGUCGACUUGGUCAGGGCAGCUCGGUCAGCGGCCCGGCACAGCGGGCGCCUCGACGGCGACGGGCGGGGGGGCGACGCGGACGCUGCAGGCGACGGCGCCGCUCUGUGCUCACGACGCGAGUGGGGCGGGGAGGGGGAGCCAGCAGCAGCGGCGGCGGCGGCGGCCCUCUGCCUCGACAUCCACUUGCCCGUGACCCCCUCGACGUUUGCGCAGCCGCAGAAGCGAAAGCAGCCAACGACGAAGCAUUUCUCGCCAGUCAUGGAGAACCCGGAUUCGCCACUCGAGAGGACAGAGAGCGCCGAGCCCAGCGCGGACACGCGCGUGAGCACGCAGCCACCGAUGGGCACGGAGACGCCGACGGGCGCGUGGGUGAAGAGGCAAGCGGGCGCACACGCGGGCAAGCGGGUGGAAGCGAAUGAGCGAACGCGAGACUCCGCGGAGCCACGUUUGCCGAGCGCUCCGAUCCAGAGGAGCUGCAGCGUGGAGGACUACCUCGCCACGGGGCUGUUGCUGGGCAUCACGUCCGGCGCGCACGGACAGCCGUGCCUCCACCAGCAUUUGCUGCAACACCGCUACUACUACCGCCAGCUCGGCCUGUGGGCCCACGCGCCGUCCGUGCCCUCGCUGACUGGGCCGUGGGAUCCCAAAGUGGAGCUCCGCCGGAGGGACAAGGCGUUGGACGGCCGCGGAUCGCGCCGAAGCUGGCACGAGGAGACACUCCUUGAGAAGCAGCGGCUUGCCGGCGCAGCUGCCAGAUGGAGUUUGAGGGCUCGGCGCGCUCUCCUCGCCGCCGCCUCCUCCUCCUCGUCCUCCUCUGCCUCGUCCUCUGCUCCCAGCUCCACCUCGCCGCUUUCCGCGCACGACCCGAUGCCCAAGCGCGCCAGCUUUUCGGCAGCGCCGAGCUAG